CAAGUAUGGCGGAAAGUGACGAAAAUCCCUCCCCUCCUUCAGAAUAUUCAGGAGAUCCGUCCCUUGGGCCGCGUGUAGUGACUAUUACUAAAUCAGAGACUGGUUUUGGGUUUAAUGUGCGUGGACAAGUUAGCGAAGGAGGUGUCCUGAAGUCAAUAAAUGGUGUCCUGUAUGCACCCUUGCAACAUGUCAGUGCUGUUUUGGAAGGUGGUGCUGCCCAGAGGGCAGGGAUAAGAAAAGGGGACCGAAUACUUGAAGUAAACAAUAUUUCUGUUGAGGGAUCAACACACAAACAAGUAGUAGACCUCAUUAAAUCUGGAGGAGAUACUCUUACACUUACAGUGAUAUCAGUACCUGAGCAAAUUGCUGACCGCCUUGAACCAAGUGAUGACUCAUCAGGCCCAUCUUACAUGGACUACUCAGAGAGGCGAUCACUCCCCAUAUCAAUACCAGAUUAUCAGACUGUCAGUCAGGCUGGGGAGAAGUUUGUUGUGUACAAUAUCUAUAUGGCAGGACGCCACUUGUGUUCAAGAAGAUAUAGUGAAUUUGAUAACUUGCAUUCUCGAUUAAAAAGAGAGUUUCCCGACUUCACGUUUCCCAAGAUGCCGGGAAAGAAGCUGUUUGCCCUGACAGAACAGCAGCUGGACACUCGACGGAGAGGCCUGGAACAAUACUUGGAGAAAGCCUGUGCAGUGCGAGUGAUUGGUGAAUGUGAUAUUUUGCAAGAGUUUCUUGCUGCUAACGAUGGGGAGCAGGACUCCACCAACACAGAUGUUGAGUUGAAGGUGCUGUUACCGGACCGGAACAUCUGCGUUGUUACUAUCCAUCGCAAUGACAACACCGAUACUGUUUACAAGGCUGUUGUUAACAAGGUCAACUUAUCUUCUGGUGCUGCCGAGUGUUUUUAUUUAUUUGAAACUGUUGAAUAUAAUUUUGAGAGGAAACUACUACGUAACGAAUUUCCACACAACAUUUACAUACAAAAUUACAGCACAGCAACAGCGACAUGCAUACUGCUGAAGAAAUGGGUCUUCUCGCUCGCUCGAGAAAAAUUUCUCAACUCUGAUACUGUUGCUAUGAACUUCCUUUAUGGACAGGCUGUAGAAGAUGUAAACCGUGGUGUGAUCAGCACAGAGGAGAACCUAUAUGAACUCAAGUCACUGCAGGACGCAGGCAAGAAGAUAGAGUACGUAAAGAUGGCGCGUAACCUGGAAGGAUACUGUGACGUGCGCUUCCCACACUGUCCCUGCGACUCCCGGAAAGACGGCCAUGUUAUUGCCAUAAUCAACCGACCCAGCUUUAAGUUGAGAGCAUGCAAGAAUGAUGGGACACCAGAGUCACAGGUGAUAGAGUUCCAGUGGGCUGACCUUCAGGAUUAUGACAUGGAGGAGGAAGGUAUGGUCUUCCAGUUUGAGUACAGACGACCCGGCAAGAAACCCAAAAUUGUACAGAUCUUAACACAAUACUAUGUCUUUAUGAAGGAGUGCUUUGACAAGAUAUAUGAAGAGAUUGAAUGGGACAAAGAGGAAGGCCUUGAUGUGUGAUGUAACAUAUGUGCUAGAUUUGAGACCCAGCUAUCCAGAGAUGAAACCAUACAUGAGCGUUGCCAUGGUUUCCAGUCAUCAAAACCUGCUCUGCUACCCCCAUAGGUUCAUACACACAGUGCAAUCUUCCCUGACUAACCUGUUGAUGUUCUCUGUAACCACGUGAACAAAUGUUAAACUGUAUGUUAUCCAUUCUGAAAGAUUUACAGAAUGCUUGUUAAUAAUGCUAUUUAUAUGUUUAUACAUUUUAUCAAUUUACCUGUAAAUGAAGAAUGUUUAUAGAAUACUUCCCUAAUCUGCAUUAGUGUUAGAAACCAUUUGUAUUACAUGGUCCAUUGAUAUUAGUAGCAGUUUGGGUUUAACUGUCUUUUUACCUCACAUUGCCAAACAAAACCAUACCUACACUUUUUAAGAUAAUAUUUUGUUCAUAAAUUGCACAUCAAUAUAAUCAAAAUGAAUAUAGACCUUUGUUUAUUGCAUAAUAAUUAUAUUCGACAGACAAGUGCUUGCUUCUGACUAGUCAUGUAGAGUGGAGAGAGUGAAGCUGAAAGCUUGCCAUCUGUACAUUCUGAUUAGCUAUACAAUAGAUUCUAUUUGUUCCAUAGCAAAUACUUUUUUUCCUUACUCUGCAGCAAAAUAGAUGGAUAUCAAUUUUGGCUCAACACUUGUGAGAAAUCCAGGUUGACAGCAUGGUAAUGAGGAUAUAUUUCCAAACAAACUAAACUCUUAUAUGUGUACUACAGUUUGAAUUAAGUCCUUUUAGAGAGUAAAGAUAAAAUACAUCCAUCUUAAACAGAUCUUCUUAUGCUGUGAAAGACAAAUACACAUAGACACCAACUACAUGUCAGCCAGUGUUGUUUUGUUGCCAUUGGUUUUACAAGACAUGCAUCAAAUCAUUUGUUUACCUGUGCAUGCUCUUGCUGUUGCGUCAUCCUUACUGUCCAUAAUGAUAUUACAAGCUCAGAGCUCAUUUAAAUGAGGACAUAGUUGUUAUUAUUGUUAAUUAUAGAAGUUAAAUAGCAUUCCAGCACUCAGUGUGAUGUUAUUUAUAAUAUAUAUUUUUAAAAGCAUCAUUGUAUUUAUUUAUAUUUAAACAAAUUACCGUAAUUGACUGGGUAUAAGACGAUAGGGGGUAUUAGACGCAGGGAAAAAAAUCUGUGAAAAAUCCGAGAAAAAAACUUUUAAUCUAUGUUUUUGGUUAAAAGACGCAUAGAAAAAAUGUCAAAAUCGUCCGGCAUUUUCAGCCACCAUGUUUGUUGACAGUGACAAAAAAAUUUUUUCGUGAAAAUGGCGAUAGUUAUCUUUAAAACCAUACAACCAUACUGUCGAGAAUGAAAAAAUAUGUUAUGCCAAAAAUAUUUUGACUGUGCUAAACUUUGCUUUUUUAUAUGUAAGUUUGAUUAUUGUUUAAUUCAAUUUAUUAUUCAAAAUAAUAUUGAAUACCAUAAUUCACAAGAGUUUGGACACCAUAAAUUAAUUUUUUUUUCGCUCUCCGAAUACAUAGAAAAUUAUCAUUUUUACAUUUAAUUUACAUGUUUGUUUAACCUGCCUUUUUUCUUCAUGUUUGCUUUUUACCACUUAUUAAUUUAUCCGUAGUAAUCAAUGGUCAUAAACUUAUUUAUUACGCCUAUAAGUGUAAAUCCUUCAUGAAGUUAAUUAAAACACCAUUUUAUACAUGCACUGAACUGAAUAAACACAUUCUAUCGGCUUCAGAUCAAAGAGUCACACUGUGUGACAUCACAUAACUUACAGUUAUACCCACGAGGAUCUCGUGGAGAGCAUGGACAUUGCUAUGCAGGAUUAAUGUAUAACUGUACGAUUAUUGCUUCAUAUAGUCUAUAAGUGUGGUACAAGUUUGAAAGCUUAUUGGCAGAUCGUUUUACAAACAUGCCAUGUCGAUGUUUUCUUAAUCCCUUGAUUGCCCUUGUUGUUUGUUUAAUCCUCAAACAAAUAUAUCACACUUCCUUUUCAACAGGCAAUAAAUCGUUUAGGAUGGGUAGUAACUAAUUAAAUUGUCACAGUGGUGUAUACGGUUAGGUAAUCUAGCCAGGCAUUGUAAAGAUAAAAAUCAAUAAUCUUCGUCUGUGAAACUUGGUAACUAUGAAAGUUAUGAUUGAUGUCCUUUGGGUGUCCGAAAAUAAAUUAUUUUGGGAAAUAAUUAUGGGUGUCCAAAUAUUUAGAGUGUCCGAACUCUUAGGUGAAUUACGGUAACUUUAAUCGAAAAAUAUUUUUGUUGAAAUUAUAAACGUCUUACGAUAUACCGUAUCCCGAUCUUCAAUUGCCGUUUUAACCCGUAUAUACUCGAUCAAUAUGACGCGAGUAACACCCCUUUCUACGUAAAUCUAAACAAACUCUCGGCUUGAAAUUGACCUCAGAAAAAAAGUUCAAAAAAUUGUUACUGGGUAUUAUACGCAGGCAUUUUUUUGCAUCAAAAUCUGAGGGAAAAAAGUGCGUCUAAUACCCAGUCAUUUACGGUAUGGAUUAUAUGAAGACAUAAGAAACAGUUGAUCAAUUAAUGUCAUUGUUUGAUUUUCCAGGAUAUUUAGAUAAAUAGAUAAGAUCAUGCAACCAUAACAUGCCUUUGUUAUUGACAUUCGAAUUGUAAUACAUUUAAACACCUUUAAUCCAAAAUCGUCGGAACCCUGAUAAACAUUUCGAAAUAACGAUAUUUCAGAUUAACAAUUUUUAGAAAAUGACAGUGUUCGCAAUUUAUAGAUGACUUAAAUAAUAAAGUCCUGAUGAUUGUAAUGUCGGUUACAUGUUACUUACAUGCAACAUUUGGUUUGAGUGAUCGUUCAGUAUACAUGUUUGUUGAAUUAUUGUUUGAUAACUGAAAAAUAGUUUGUUAUUAUAAUUCUUGAAUACUUGUUUUAUUAAAACAGCAUAUUCCAUUUCAUUUUAAAAUUUCUAAAACCAACAGAAAGUGUAUAUUCGAUUUCCAUGUUUGUGUUGAUUUCUGUGGAUGUUUUUAUUCCCCCGAAGGUGGGCAUAUUAAAAUCGCACCGUCCUUCCGUCCGUCCGUGUGUCCGGCUUAAUAACUCGUGUCCGGGCUGUAACUUUCCUUUGUAUGGACAGAUUUUAAAAUAACUUGCCACAUGUGUUCCACAUACCAAGACGAUGUGUCGGGUGCAAGACCUGUGCCUCUACCUCUAAGGUCAAGGUCACACUUAAUGUUUAUUCACAAUGGAGUGCUGCAUAUAGGACAUAGAGUAUAGGUUGUCGUGUCCGGGCUGUAACUUUCCCAUGUAUGGACAGAUUUUAAAAUAACUUGCCACAUGUGUUCCACAUACCAAGACAAUGUGUCGCAUGCACGACCCGUGUCCCUACCUCUAAGGUCAAGGUCACACUUAGUGUUUAUUCACAAUGGAGUGCUGCAUAUAAGGACAUAGAGUAUAGGUUGUCGUGUCCGGGCUGUAACUUUCCCUUGUAUGGACAGAUUUUAAAAUAACUUGCCACAUGUGUUCCACAUACCAAGAUGACGUGUCGCGUGCAAGACCCGUGUCCCUACCUCUAAGGUCAAGGUCACACUUAGGUGUUUAUUCACAACAGAGUGCUGCAUAUAAGGACAUAGAGUAUAGGUUGUCGUGUCCGGGCUGUAACUUUCCCUUGAAUGGACAGAUUUUAAAAUAACUUGCCACAUGUGUUCCACAUACCAAGACGACGUGUCGCAUGACAGACCCGUGUCCCUAUCUCUAAGGUCAAGGUCACACUUGGGUGUUUAUUCACAAAGGAAUGCUGCAUAUAUAAGGACAUAAUAGUGUCGGUUGUCAACUAUGGAUGGUGUUUUUUUUUAUGUUUAGAGGCAAUUUAAAAUAACUUGCCAUAUGUAUUUGACAUGUAAAGGCAAGAUCAACUUUUCAUGUACUGACCUUGUUCAUAGGUCAAUGUCACAAUCGGGGGCAUUCGUCACAUACUGUGACAGCUCUUGUUUAAUUAUUUUUUCUCACAAUAAGCGCAAAAUCAUUCCUUAACAAGCGCUAAUUGUGCUUCAUCUCAAACUGAUGCCAGAGUGUUAUUGCAUUAUGGUGUGAAAAACUUUGAGAUGAUCGAAAUCGAAAUUAGGAUUGAUAAAUAGGUGUGAAAUACCAAAUCAGGACGGUAAUAUUUACUUCGGAACCACGAUUAUUUCAAAAUCUCGAAUUCGGAUUAUUGUUUAAAAAUUUAGUUAAACAAAGAAGGAAUAAAAUUGGGACAUUUUUUAGCUCGACUAUUGGAAGAAUAGGGAGGGCUAUACUACUCGUCCCAGCGUCGGCGUCCAGUUAAAGUUUUAGGGCAAGUUGGGAUAUUCACUUAUAAGUCCAAAAACCCUUCAUUCAAUUGACUUAAUACUUCACACACUUGUUCAGGGCUAUUACAUAAUGAGGCUGGAUAAAUAUUAUUUUUUACACAAAUUAUGGCCCCUGAUUGACUAUGGAACUUAGGUAAAGUUUUAGGGCAGGUUGGGAUAUUUAUUAAUAACUUCUAUACCCUUAGUUCAAUUGAUUUAAUACUUCACACAACUGUUAAGGACCAUCACACAAUGAGGUUACAUAACUCCAUAUUAUUCUUAAUACAAGUUAUGGCCCCUGAUUGACUUAGGUUAAAGUUUUAGGGCAGGUUAAAGUUUUAGGGCAAGUUGGGAUUUUAAUUAAAAAACUUCUAUACCCUUCAUUCAAUGCACUUAAUUCUUCGCAGAAUUGUUGAUGACCAUCUUACAACAAGGAACAUAACUCCAUUUUAACCCUUAAUACAAAUAAUGGCCCUUGAAUGAUUUUUUGUUGUUUUUUUUGUUUAAUUUUUCUUUUAAUAUCUUUUGAAAGGCACAUUUUUAUAUUCUUAACAACAUUUUCAUAAAGGGAAAACAUGUUAUUUGAAUGACUUGCGUCAUUGUUCGGGCGGGCCGGUCACAAAUUUAAAAUAAAUGUAAACUCAAAGAAAUACUGUCCUAAUAAAAUAGUGUCUAUUCUUUACUCCAGCCAACUUAUUGGAAGCCUUAUCAAAUGGGAUGUAGUUCUAUUUAUUUGUAAGCAUAGCCAAUGACUUCUGUUAAGUCUUUUUUGACACUUUUUAACCCCCUAAAAUGCUGCAUUACAAAUUUUGACAAAGCCAAAAGCAAAUCUAUUUUUAGCUCGUAAACGUCAUUAUGAAAUUUGCAUAUCUUUCCGACAACCUAAAAUUCUAUGAUUUGCAUUUUUAAAACUAACACGUUAAUAACUCAACAACAAAGCUGUUGAGCUAAAUCUUAAAAUUGUUUGCUUAUAAGAGACAUACUGGUUAAAGGAUGAUUGUUGACAUAAUCCGUGAAAGCAAUAAAAUUCCGCAAUAAUUAGUGAGGUGUUGACUUGGCCGUGACUACUUGCCCUAAUUAUCGGAUUUGUUGGCACACCAGCAGAUGAGCUUGAUUUAUGACAGUGACAGAAUGGAUUAUCAUGCAGGCCGCAUGGGCACUGCUUACAUCAUUUUAAGAAAAUAUUUUCAUAAAAAAAUUGUUGUCUCCAUAAAUUCGCCAAAUUUGAAAAGUUGUCGCCACUUUUGCGAUUUUGUCGCAAAUGGCAACAAUGACGAUCACCAGCGGGAACCCUGCUGGUGGGAGGGCAGCGUCAAAGUCACCUUAUGUAUCGAAUAAUUUUAGCUAGGUUUGACAUAAUUAGACCAAACUUGGUAUAUACGAAGAGUUUAUGGAGACCUUUUAUGGAAAUGCAUUUGAGGCCCCUAGGUUACUAUUAAUAGAAAACGGGUUGGUAUUAAAUAACUUAAGUAAGGGUCUACAUAUUGUGACCAAACUUGGUAUGUAGGAAGAGUUUAUAGAAACCUUUCCUGAGAUUGUGUUUUGGGCCCCUAGAGUUAUGGUCUAGGUCAAGGUCACUGUUGCUAAAAAUAGAAAUAUGCUUAGUUCUGAAUAACUCAAGUAAGGGUUGACAUAGUGUGACCAGACUUGGUAUAUAGGACAAGUUUACACAGAGCUUUCAUGGAUUGCCUUUCGGCCCCCUAGAGUCAAAGUCACUGUUACUGAAAAUAGAUUACUGUUUCAGUUAUGGUUGACAUACUGUGACCAAACUUGAUAUGUAGGAAGAGUUUAUAGAGGACUUCCACGGGAUUGUGUUUGGGGCCCAUGGAAUCAAGGUCUCUGUUACUAAAAAUAGAAGAAAGCAGUUGAAACUGAGUCACUUUUUAAUUUGAUUGUUUUAUUGGUUUUGACAAGCACAUAUUACAUCAUUAUUGUAUUGACUUCUAAGUCAAAGCGGCGUAGUCGAGCGUGCUGUCUUACGACAAGCUCUUGUUUUUUUCGAAAUGGUGAUAAUUUUUCAUAAAUGGAGUUUGGAAUAGCGAUGUUUAAAUGUAUAACAAUAGUAACAUGUAAGUUUGUUAUUGACAACUGAAAAGGCUGGUUAUUUGUUGAUUAAUAUCUUUGAAAGAGGAAUGCACAUUGUUACCAGUGCUGAAAAAAAUACCGUAUUAUUAGAUAUCAAAUGAUCAUAUAUAUCUGUGUCUGUUGGUUAUGUAAGGACAUAAAUGUUUACUAGAGAGUACUUGCUUAUGUCAAACACUUGAUUUUUUACAUGUAUGUGAGUAUGGUUUGUGUCGGUACAGUAAUUAUUCAUUGUUAUACUAGUACUAGUAAUCUGUUUUACCAUAGUUACAUUGUACACGUAUGGCUGAUAUGUUAUGUCUGUUUUGUAAGUCAUUGAAAACUGAAGCUCAUACAUAAGACUCAUCCUUCAUUAUUGUCACAUAACAAGAUAUUUAAUAUAUGCUGGAUAUGUUUCUUCCAAAACAAGACUUUCCAAGAUCUAAUCCCCAACUGGUAUAAAUUGAAAAUAUAUUUUGUUGUGCUGUUGAAUUGAAGCUAUAUUUACAGUAGAUUUUGGCAAGGGCAAGAGUUGUUGAUGUUAGAGAUACUAACUUGUUUGCUGAACUACAGGUAAAUGGGUUUGUCCCGAGGUCCUUCUCUCAGUAAACAUCAAUUUUUCUUCAAACUAUUUAUCCAAAGCUGAUUGACCAUGUAAAUACUCAUUCUUUUAGGUGUUUUAAGGAGUGUUCCUUCCUUUUUCCUGCGUUUCAAACUAAACUGCGAAUUUUAAAAAAAAACACCAGUAAAUAAACAUGUAUUUGUAAAACCUAUUUCAUACAAGAAAACUGAUAAAUGGGGGCAAUUUUGCCCUAUGUACUUACACAGAGUAUUUCGGAUGGAUAUUUACAAUGAUAGCUUCUGAAACUUGGUUUAUAUAGUGUGAUCUUGAUGGAAUUCUUUACUCAGUUAUGUCAACAUUUCAUGUAUACAGUGUGUAUGGCAGAGUGGUGUAUUUAAAGUUUUUAUCAUUUCAGUGAUAUCAUCUUAUAUUUAGUUGGUAUACUAUUUAUUAAGAAAUAAUAGCUUAUGUAUAAUAUUAAUCAUACAUGUAAAUCUGCUAGUUUUAAAAACACUAAUACAUGUUAUUUGUAAAACACAAAAAUGUAUACCGGUACAUAUUAUAUAAACCGCUAUUACGGUUUAAGAAAUAUGUGAAUUAAUCUAGAUUUCUGGUUAUUUCAAUCAAGACGUCGACAUAUAUAUGUACUUGUUUAUUUAAUUACUAGUAAACAUAAGCAUAACAUUAUUAUAUUCAUACAACAUUUAGUUUCAGUCUUAAAAUUGUACAUAUAUUCAGAAAUGUGUUUUAAAUGAAAUUUUAUAAUUAUUUAUAUAUCAUGGUAAUUGAGGCUUGCAGGAAAUGUACUCAGUUCCACAUGAUGAUAUUGUUUCUCUUUGUUGUUGAUUUUUCUUGUUAUUUUUUUCUGAAAUGUUCAUGCAUGCCAUGUAUUGAAUAAAAACCUUGAUCAGAUUGAAAUAGACUAUCAGAAUAAAAACAAACAAACUC